AUGAGGGCGGCGACACUGCCACUGUUCGCCGCCGCUCAGCUGGCCCUCGUCGACGUAGGCUGCUUCCAGUCAGACUCAUCCAGAAAUUGUGCUCAGACAGAUUUACGAGUCGUUAACAUUUGCGCAAUGGCAAAUAAUAGCGACCCAACCCAAGCCGACUACGAUUUCGACUUCAGCCUACCGCAUGGUGUUGACAUUGACGACUAUUCUAUCGAUGAUGUGGCCUACCCAAGGAACUCUGACUCACCACACAGCGACGAAGAUACCCAAAACGCCAAUCGAGAUGGUCCCGAUCGAGAUGGUGGCGAUGAUUCUGAACAACUUGAUGACAUUUUGAUGUCAGAUAGUCUUCGACCCCAUGAAGAUGAAAGCGACCUGGUACAUGAGGUCGGAGGCAUCACAGAACAGAUCAUAAAUUAUGAUCAAUUACCAGAAGGCAUUUCCGAAGAUGAAGACGCCGAGGAGGCAUUCGAUCGCUCCUGGGGCGGCCGUCAAUCUACAAUCACUGCUUCAAAGACCAAGCUAUCACCACGGCGUAAACAUGUCGAAGAUACGGAAGAUGCUCCUUUGCAACUGAAGAAGCAGCGUCAGUCAAUAUUUGGUGGUCCAGUUAAGGAAGGUGACAUGAAUAUGGCAGAACUUGAGCCGGUAUCAAAGACCCCUGGACCGAUUAUUGGUCCCUACAUGUCUACGCUCAGCCUCAUGCCACAAGAACGAGAAGGUGGUAUUCCUGAUCAAACAUUCAAUGCUGGCUUUGAUGUUCCAGCCUCAGAGGAAUACGAUGCAUCACCGGAUGGAUCUCCCAUGUCUGAUCGCAAUAUUAUCAUACCUCCCGACUCACAACCUGCCUAUGAACUCCGCCAGAAUAUCCCACGUAAGACGGCUUUUACGUAUAUUGACACCGACAAUUCUGGGAAUUUCGAUCCAUUGGAUGAAGCAAAACGGAAAAUGCUGAAGAUAAACAAGGCAAAGGCUGCUAAACUUGCACAACAGAAAAAGAAGAAAAAGCAGUCUGCACCUAAACAACAAAUCGAGAAGCUUAUAGUCAAGCUCCACUUCGAAGCCUUUGGUAAUGUUCGCAAUUACACCGAUGAUGAGCAGAACUGGCCAGACAACUGGUCAGAGGUCGACUCCGAAUGUGAGCGCAAUCGGCAAGAAUAUCGCGACUCCUUCCGCAGAAAUACACCCGGCCACAUCGUACAGAUGCCUAUCGAAGAUCCGACAGGCGAGCUGGACGACCUGACGGGCCAUCCCGUAGCCAGAGGUUGCAAGUGCUGUCGUACGAACAAUCAUGAUUGCUCAAUGAUCACCAAUGGAAUAUACCCAUGCAUGCAAUGUGCAGUUGAAGAUACUGAGUGUGAACCAAUUGUUCCUGCUCCCGUCAAGGGCCGCUGUAUGCAAUGCGUCACCGAUGGUAUAGACGUCUGUUCUUUCGAAUUCAAGCCUGGCGAAGCAUCUUGCGAUCUUUGCUUCGAGAGCGGAUUGGUUUGCGUACCCUUACCGCCAGAGGGAUAUCGCGCCAAGAGAAUCAAUAUUGAUGACUUAAUGUAUGGCGAGGAUAGGCCGUACGCUGCAUGCACCGUUUGUCGCCAAGAGAAGAAGCGCUGCAGUCUAAAGAAGAAGACUGACAACCCGCCUUGCAAGUACUGUAAAAAGCACCGCAUUGGUUGCACAUUCUUUGACUUGCCAAAGCUGGAUCUAGCGAAGAAGACAACUACAGCUGCCAGUGGCAGACGACCCUUAGGCCCAACAGAGGGCAAAGCGCCAGAAGUGGCAAUGCCAAGCUCCUCAUACUUCACCGCCGAAGACCUCGCAGACAUGGAGAUGAGAGAAGAAGAGACUUCCUCUCGCGAAUCUACCCCCGAGAUUGAAAUGGAAGAUAAAGCUGGCAACACCGGGCUCCUAACAAAGAUUAUGACCAGCUUCGCACACCCGAUCAAGUUCAAUGUUCCAUUGGGAGCAAUCUCGGACUGCAACUUCUGCGAGAUGCCCAUGUUUGGCAUUGUCGGUCACUUUGAACGCGAAGUCCACGUCAUUCGCUGGUACGACGGCCGUGGGUAUACAGAAGUCGGCGGCGGCCACUGUGAAUACAAUAGCCCUAGCCAGAUGUGUGGACUUUGCACAAUCACUCGACUGCAAAUCAUAGUUUGUGGAGAUCAUCAGCUCGAACCGGCUUUCGAUAGUGAUAAUGUGCCGGACUUCAACACAGUCACAGACGAUCUAAUCUCCGCUGAGCCGGGAUCUGAUGACAUGGUAUACCAACUCAAACGCUGGUGCUCCAUGUGUUUCUCAGUUGCCAAAUUUGGGUGCGCGAGGGUUCAACCCUCAGUGUGUGGAGAAGAGGAAGAGACAGUCGUGGGGUGUGGAUUACGACUUUGCGAUCGCUGUGCUGUCCGUCUCAAGGAUGAGUUUGAGGGGAAUAUCGAACUCUUGGCUGAGCAUAUGGAUCCGUCUCCUAAGAUCAGCAUUGAAGACGAGGAGAGUGACGACUUGGAGGGUAUGGCUAGGGCAGAUGUCGGAUUUCUGAAGAAAGAUGGUCUGCUCAUGGCUGCUAUCUACGCGGAGGAUUGA